ACAAAAAUUAGGGAUAAGGAAAGACAGCAAUCUCUCUCUCUCUGUCAGGCCGUCUCUCGUGUUUCUUCUAACGUUUGAUUUCGUCUCUAAUUCGUUUUUUCUCUUUUUCAAAAAACAUACUCAAUCCAGUUUUCUCGUAGCAGUCGACGACAAUCGAAUCCGAAGACCCUUUUUUUUCUUCCCCCCAAUUCUCUUCCGUUUCAUUAUCCUUUUUCUCCUCAUUCAAUCUGAUCCGAAUCAGAGAUUCCUCAAUGACGAUGGUGGUCAAUGAGUAAAAUUUAUUAUAGUUAGCAGAAGCGUAGCUCCUCAAUCAAUUAGAUUACUUUGUGAUUGAUUGAUUAUUCGCAAAUUCGAUUACUUUCGAUCAAUUCAGCGAUUAGGGCUUUUACUUGAUUCGAAUCUUAGUUGGGGGUUUAUAGAUUCAAUCGAGCUAGGGGAUAGCACAGUUGAAGAUCUGGAUUAUCUGGUCUGAUUCGAGGGGGAAUUAGGGUGAGAUUGAUCGAAUAAAGGAGGCGACUUUUUUUUUUCUGAUCGAAACUAUGGAUCGUGUGGUUGGUGGCAAGUACAAGCUGGGACGUAAACUCGGAAGCGGAUCAUUCGGUGAACUCUUUCUAGGUAAGAAUGUGCAAACUGGAGACGAAGUUGCUGUGAAGCUUGAACCUGCGCGGGCGAGGCAUCCUCAACUUCAUUAUGAGUCAAAGCUCUAUAUGCUCCUUCAAGGAGGAACUGGUAUUCCACACCUGAAAUGGUACGGGGUCGAAGGUGAAUACAACUGCAUGGUGAUUGAUCUUCUGGGGCCUAGCCUGGAGGAUUUGUUUAAUUAUUGCAGUCGGAGGUUCAAUCUAAAGACUGUUCUAAUGCUCGCUGAUCAGAUGUUAAAUCGAGUUGAGUAUAUGCAUGUCCGGGGGUUUCUUCAUCGUGAUAUUAAGCCAGAUAACUUUCUGAUGGGUCUUGCACGCAAAGCAAACCAUGUGUACAUUAUCGACUACGGGCUUGCCAAAAAGUACAGAGAUCUUCAAACUCAUAGGCACAUUCCCUACAGAGAAAACAAGAAUCUUACUGGAACAGCUCGAUAUGCAAGUGUUAACACUCAUCUUGGUAUUGAGCAAAGUAGGAGGGAUGAUUUGGAAUCCCUUGGCUAUGUGCUUAUGUAUUUUCUUCGUGGAAGUCUGCCUUGGCAAGGCCUUCGCGCGGGUACAAAAAAGCAGAAGUAUGACAAGAUCAGCGAAAAGAAAAGACUUACACCCGUUGAGGUUCUCUGUAAAUCCUUUCCACCUGAGUUCACAUCAUACUUUCUCUAUGUACGAUCAUUGCGGUUUGAAGACAAACCAGAUUAUCCAUACCUAAAGAGGCUUUUCAGGGAUCUGUUCAUCCGAGAAGGUUAUCAGUUUGACUAUGUAUUUGAUUGGACAAUCUUGAAGUAUCCACAGUUCGGUUCAAGCUCCAGCUCCAGCUCCAAACCAAGAUCAAGCCUCAGACCAGCUCUGAAUCCCCCUGUGCCUUCUGCCGAGAGACCAGAAAAACCUUCAGCUGGACAAGACAGCCGUGAGAGAUUCUCGGGUGCUUUUUUAGAGGCAUAUGCUAGAAGAAAUGGCUCAGGAAGCGGUGCGGUUCAAACUGAUAGAUCUAGACCAAGAACCUCAGAGAAUGUAUUAGCAUCAUCAAAGGACACAACAACACCACAGAACUACGAGAGAAUAGAAAGACCAAUCUCUUCAACAAGACACGCAAGCUCUUCAAGAAAAGCCGCCAUUGUUUCGAGCGUUCGAGCUACUUCUUCAGCUGACUUCACAGAGAGCCGCUCGAGCAGAGUUGUUCCAAACAAUGGGCGUUCCUCAACCGCUCAAAGGACUCAGCAUGUUCCUGACCCGACCACUACUAGACCAUCGUCUUCUUCAUUUUCCAGAGCUGCGCCAUCGAGGACCGCUCGUGACAUCACGCUCCAGAACUUUGAGCUACUCACCAUAGGGAAUGGGAAGAGGAAGUGAGAAGCUGUGACAUUUCUAUGGGCCUACCUUUACGAUGAAUGAGUGGGUCAAACUGUGACAUUUUCUAUGGCUACUUUGCGUGGUUUCCUAAUUUAAGGAAUAAAACGAACGUCAUUUGACUAAAAAAACUGUAUGUGAUAAAUAUAUGGUUUUUGUUAUGAUAAUACUUACAGUUUUAUCAUUUAUAGAUAUAUAAAAACGAAGGCAAAAACUUUAUAUCUGCAAAAAUAA